AUGGUCCCACUCCCGAACGAGAUAGUAGUAGAAAUUUUCUUCUUCUACAAUCACUCGUACGAUCCUCUACUGGAUUACUCGGACGAACCACCGCCCUGGAAGAUCCUGCCUCAGUCUUGGUACAAUUGCAGGUGGAUCCACCUCAUGCUUGUAUGCCGUCGUUGGCGGGAGAUCGGUCUGUCCACGCGUUCUCUAUGGCGAGCAUCCCGAAUCGGGCGCAAAGUGGAAUGGUUGAGGCUGGUCCUGACCCGUUCCGGGAACCUACCCGUCGACCUACGGUUCGACGAAUCCGCUCCGAUCCUUUUGUACACGCCCCUCCUGGUAUCGCACAUCCAUCGCUUCCGUUCCGUAUUCUUGCAUGAUACGCAGAUGCCACAUGCUUUACCCCUCUUGCAGGCCAUAUUCAACGCCGAUACGUCGCUCCCUCUCCUGUCCGGAAUUGACGUCUCCACGGCGCCUGGUGGGCGGUUGGACUUAUCCCCCACGCGGUUUCCUGCUCUUCGUUCGCUACGCCUCUCCUCCAAGAACAUCCAUUGGACCCCUGCGAUGUUCCAUCAACUACGUCGACUGGACCUCAACGAGUGCACUUACCGGGAUUCUGCCCUCACGAUGAGCCAAAUGAUGGAUGUCCUCGCCGAAUGCGCUGAACUGGAGCAUCUCCGCCUCCGACUCUUCCUUUCGAAACUGCGUCAGCGGCCCACGACAACCAACGACCGUACACCCAUAACCUUUCCCAAAAUGCGCGUCCUGGACAUCUGCGAGACCCCCGCGGUCAUCUCGCGGUUUCUGUCUCGCGUUCAGCUUUCCGCCGACAUCGACGUCGUCGAGAUAACUGGUCGCAUGGCGGAAGCUACUGAAGACCUCUCGGACGCGUUCAUGUCCUUAUUGCCGGCGGACCGAAGCGGACUACCUCUUCUUCGUUCGGUUAGACAUGGGCAGAUCGACUGUUGGAUCGACAGCUGGGCACUGGUAGGGCAAGCAGAACAACGUUCUGGGCCGAAGAUGACGAUAGCGCUCGAAUUCGCACGGAACCCUCGAGAUUCGAUCGCGUUCUACCUCGAAAAUGCGAUGCGAGAAUUUGCGACGAUAUUCGCCGGAGCGCCCCUGACCACGCUUCAUGUGCUGGGCGACCACCAGUACGCCUCCCGUCCAGGCGCCUGGGUGCGGCUCUUUGCUGCGUUCCCAACCAUAGAAUAUCUGGAAAUCGUUGGCAGCGAUAAACCUCUUGCGCUGGUGGGUGCGCUUGGACAGCCGCUGUGGGAGGAAGACUCGGACUCGGACGCGGGAUCGGAGACGGAUUCGACGGACUCCGCAGACGAACCGCUCGUCCUCCCUAACCUCGGCGCCAUGUCUUUGGAAUAUCUUGAAUGGUGUCCAGGCCUGAUCGAGGCGAUGGUGACGGUUUUCCGACGUCGCGUGAACAGAGGGAUGCCGAAGGUGGACUUGGGGUUCCGGCUGGAGACCAGCGACGAGGAUGGUUUUGCGGGCACGAUGAGGGAGUGUUACGAGGAGCUUGAGUCGGUGACAACUGGCCUUGAUGUUGACUUGUAUGGCUCUCUCUAG